UUUUGAAAAAUAUUUAUUUAUUUAGUUUAAGGCUAUGAAUUAAGGAUGUAAAUCUCGGUGAUGAUAACAAAAUUAUGACUGUGAUUGAAUCGAUAUAGAUAUCGAUUCUUCUCAGUAUAAAAUUGACAAGAAAAUUAGUUAUUUGGCGUAAAUGACGUAUUUUAAACACCAUGUGCUGUAUAUUCACGUGCUGUGGUUGGAUGAUAGAUCUUAUUCAAAGAUUAUGGACAUUUACAAUGUCAUGCUGCAUCAGUUCAGCGGUUUGCUGCUCGCUGGUCACCGCCUCCAUGUCUGGCAUCGCUCUCGGCUACAAUUACUCGUUGGCUGAGUACGUCGAUUUGAAAGAGACGAAUGUAUCCAUUUACCUCAAACGAGGUGUUUUUGAUGACGAGAUCGCUGACGACAUAGACUGGCGCAGGAGUGGAAGGAUGCCCGUAGCGGGGCAUAUAGGGGACCAGAACCUUAUAACUGGCGGUUCAGAAGAUGAAACUACAACAUUAAGAUCUGGGAGACGAUUGGAUGAUUCUAUUUUUCAAUCGAACGACAAAAACAACUUUGAAGGUGCUCUUAUGAAACUAACAGCGAAACCUCCCGGCGAUACUUCUAAAAGUGAAAUCGUUACCCCCGAGCUUGCAGUUGCUGACAUAAUGAGUCGUUACCCAUCACAGCCUCUGGAUCAAAUGAAAGCUGUUCAAAGUAUUAUAAAUAUGCGAAAAGCAGCAGAAGCGCAGCGACGCCUACAAGAGAGACCGAAGCCACCGCAAACGACAGAAGAAAGCGGGAGACGCAUGCUACCCAGAAUAUCAGUCGAAGUUCCACCAUUUGACGAGCCAUCUUCAAUUAAUUCUCUACGUCUGGCUGUACCUGACCAAGCCAUUCAUCAUCCUAGUAACUGGAAAGCAUUAUUCAGAAAACCAGACGGAUUGACUAGAGAUGACUUUGAUGCGUAUAAUGAAAUACCAACUAUACCGUCUCCCAUCACGCCCAGACCUGGUCCUGUCAGACCGAGUAGACCGAGCAGACCCAGACCAAUGCCAACACAAUUUAGACCAAGCCUUACAACAGCCACACCACCAAUGUUCCAAAAUGCUAUGACAAACAUACGAAAAGAUAUUAAAGAGGAAAUGGACGCAUUUAACGAAAAGCUGCUCCUUGAUAAAUAUGACGAACCAAGUUUAAGGGAUGAUAGCAGAGAAAAACUAAAGAAGGGCGAAAAGCAAAGUGAAGAAGAUUACGAAGAAGAUAUCAAAGGAAUACCCAUAAGAAAGAAGAGAGAUUACAAUUUGAAUGAAAUCGAAAGUAACAAUAGCAAAAAGCUGUUUACAAUAACGAAUAUUCAGGAUUUAAUGUCGAAAUUACGCUCACUAAGCAACACAUAUCCAGACACAACAAUUUAUAAAACACAUGAAGAAAAUAAAAAUAUGUUACAUUUCAGAGAACUAACGGACGCUACAUUUUUGCAAUUAAUUAUUUCCACUACGAUGUCCUGA